AUGGAAGGAGGGAGGAAACAAGGGAGGAGAGGAGGAGAUAAGGAGGAAGGAGGUGAGGAGGAGCAUGGAGAUAAGUUGAGUCUGUUCUUCCUGAAGUUCUUCCUGAAGUGUAACCAGAAUUGUCUGAAAAACGCUGGAAACCCACGAGACAUGAGGAGGUUCCAGGUGGUGGUUUCUACAACAGUAAACGUAGACGGCCAUGUCCUUGCCGUCUCCGACAACAUGUUCGUACACAACAACUCCAAACAUGGCCGCCGAGCCCGGAGACUGGACCCAUCUGAAGCAGCCACUCCCUGUAUUAAAGCCAUCAGUCCCAGUGAGGGCUGGACGACGGGGGGAGCGACCGUCAUCCUGAUCGGAGACAACUUCUUUGACGGUCUGCAGGUGGUCUUCGGCACCAUGCUGGUGUGGAGCGAGCUGAUCACCCCUCAUGCCAUCCGGGUCCAGACCCCUCCCCGUCACAUCCCCGGGGUCGUCGAGGUCACGCUGUCCUACAAGUCCAAACAGUUCUGUAAAGGAGCGCCGGGUCGGUUCGUCUACACAGCUUUAAAUGAACCCACCAUAGAUUACGGCUUCCAGAGGUUACAGAAGGUCAUUCCUCGCCACCCCGGAGACCCAGAGAGACUGCCCAAG